ACAUAACCACUACGCCACCAGGCUGGCCUCUUGUUUUUGUUUUGAUUUGCAUUUUCCUGACAAAAAUUAUUCAUCUUUUUACAAGUCCAUUGGAAAUUUGUGUUUCCUCCUCCUUGAAUGGCUUUUUCUUGUUUUUAACAUUUUGAAACAUUUGAAACAGUAAUAACAACCUUCUAUGUACCUACUUUGAAAAAUUAACAGAUGUCCAAAUUUUGUCAUAUUUGCUUUAGACCAUUUUAGAAAAACAAAACAUUGAGGGUAAAGGCAAAGUGUUUUUUGCGUCCUCCCCUGCCUCCUCCUCUCCUGCCCUCCCCAGUCCGUGAGAGGACCAGAGAUGGCGGCAUGGCAAACACUGCUGGCACUUCUCACAUGGCUGUGACUCACUGAGUCCUCACUGCCAUCGGUGGCGUUCUUACUGUCAGCAUCUCAUGUUAUAGACUAGGGAACUGAGCCACCCCCACACACACAGCAGUAAGCAGGAGUGGGGAGUCCACCAGUCACAGGGCUCAGAGCUUGUGCCCAUUCGCCAGAUGGUGGAGCUCGUGCAUCUGAGUAUUCAUAAACGCCACACGGUACUAUGUGUGUUUCUGGAUGGUUCUGUAAAGGGUGCCACACUGGGCUUGGGUCCCUCAACCUGCCUUUGUCCCCACUGCUGUGCUCUUGAGAGCUCCCCAUGGGGACAGGUUAGCUAGGCCUGUUCCUUUUACUGCUGCGCAGUUUGUUUCCAGUGUUUUCUCAGUCACUCUGGGCUGGGUGGGAAUCUCAAAGUGAACAAGGCUCAGGAAACAGGCUCUCUACUAGAGACGGUAGAAUUGCUUGCCAAAGCAGAUGUCCCCUGCCACCUGCACAGCGGCGGAAGGCCAUCCGGUUUCCCCAUGGACUGGCCCAUGCUUGGUGUUUUCAGACUGUAAAUGUUUUGCCUCCUGCAAUGUGUGAAAUGGUCUCUUGCUGCUGUAUUUUUCAUUUCUGGAUGUCUAGUGAGAUUGCGCAUCUCCCUGUGUGCUCAUCAGCUGUUUGCAAGUCUUGUAUGAAUUAUCUGGUUAUAUCCUAUGCCCAUUUUUCUCUUUCUUAGUGAUUUUUCAAUGUUCAUGAAGAAAAUGUAAACUUCCAUGGAGCAAAUAUCAAUCUUGUCCUCAUGGUUUCUGGGUUUUCUGUCAUGCUGGUGGCCUCUGCCGCCCAGGGAUUUACAGAAUUGUCUCCCAUGAGUCUUUGCGUUUAGAUCCUUGUUCCACCUGGAGCUGGUUUUGUGUGUGGUAUGAAGGGUCGCUUCGUCUCUCUUACUGUUUCGUGUUGACGUUUGUCUCAGUCAGCUCAGGGCCACCAUAACAAAUUACCACAGACUCGGGGGCUUAAAUGACAGAAAAUUAUUUUCUCACAGCUCUGGAAGGUGGAAGGCCAAGAUCAGGUGCCAGCGGGAUCCAUCCCUGGUGAGGGCUCUCCUGCCAGCCUGCAGAUGGCCGCUUUCCCCGUCCUCACAUGGCCUCUCCCGCGGGGGUGCAGUGGGGAGAGAGCGCCACCGUCCUCAUCUCAGAAGAACGCCAGUUCUGUCGGAUUAGGGUCCACCCUUAGGACCUCGUGUAACUUCAGCUACCUCCUCCAGACCCCAUUGCCAAGUGCAGUCACACUGGGGGUCAGGGCUUCAACAUCUGAAUUGCUGGGGCCACGGUUCAGUCUGCAGCAAUGUUGAGAACAGUCUAAAAGUAUCAGCCACUUUUAAAACGAAAGGUCAAAGCUCCAGUGAGCCCAGAGGGCGUCCCCGCUUUUCCUGACUGCCUGGCAGGCUCCUGGUAGGAGGAGGCUUCAUCUUCAGGCGUGACGGUCUGCACCCCCUGCCUGACUCUGGGCGCUGACGUGGAUCCAGGGCUUCCGGAGAACCAGCUGGUCCCUGGGAGCUUGGCCCCACACCAGUCACUCCCCAGCAAACACUUAUGAGGUCACUUUCAAGGAUGUGGCCGUGGACUUCACCCAGGAGGAGUGGGGCCAGCUGGAUUCCCCUCAGAGGGCCCUCUACCGAGAUGUGAUGCUGGAGAACUACCAGAACCUUCUUUCCCUGGGGCCUCCGGUCUGCAAGCCAGACGUUAUCUCCCACCUGGAACGAGGCGAGGAGCCGUGGCAGGUACCCGGAGAAGUCCCUGGAUCAGCUCGUCCAGAACGGGAGCCUGGGUCUGAGACGGAGGAGUCAUCUCCACAGCAGGGCAUUUACAGAGAAGAGCCAUCUCAGGAGCUGAUCAGGGAGCAGCUGGCAGGGUCCAGUCUCCACGGCCCCAGUCUGGGUGAUGGGCGGGCCUUGGAGGGCCUGGUGGCUGCUGUGUCAAGACACAAAGCUGUGCUCUGGAGGCGAGCACCCACCAGCCUUGGGGACAUUUCCACAGAGGGGCGCUGGCAGGGACAUGAGACGUCUGAGAAGGAUUCUCCCCUCAGGUGCACCCUCUUUGCCCUGCAGAGCAUUCCUACAGAAGCAGACUCUCCUGACAGACAUGUCGAGAAUUUCCAGUCCAGUGAGGCUAUAACCCAGCACCAGAGAAUGUGCACAGGGAGAAACUCUUGCAAGUCCAGUGAGCAGAGAAGACAACCAUCUGCAAACAGGCAGCAGGGUGCUGGCACCAGGGAGGGUCUUUUUGUAUGCAGCGAAUGUGGGAAAGCCUUCCACCAGAGCUCCUCCCUCACCCUCCACCGGCGCUGGCAUGCACGGGAGAAAGCCUACAAGUGCAACGAGUGUGGCAAGGCCUUCACGUGGAGCACCAACCUCAUCGAGCACCAGAGGAUCCACACGGGGGAGAAACCCUUCUUCUGUGGCGAGUGUGGGAAAGCCUUCAGCUGUCACUCGUCACUGAACGUGCAUCAUAGGAUUCACACGGGCGAGAGGCCCUACAAGUGCAGUGCCUGUGAGAAGGCCUUCAGCUGCAGCUCGCUGCUUAACAUGCACCUCAGGGUCCACACUGGGGAGAAGCCCUAUAAGUGUGGCGAAUGUGGGAAGGCCUUCAACCAGAGGACGCACCUGACACGGCACCACAGGAUCCACACGGGAGAGAAGCCUUAUAAGUGUGACGACUGCGGGAAGGCCUUCACUUGCCACUCGUCCCUGACCGUGCACGAGAAAAUCCACAAUGGAGACAAGCCUUUUAAAUGCAGUGACUGUGGGAAGGCCUUCAACAACCGCUCCCGCCUCACCCUGCACCAGAGGACCCACACCGGGGAGAAGCCCUUCAAGUGCAGUGACUGCGGGAAGGGCUUCAGCUGCCACUCCUACCUCGUCGUGCACCAGCGGAUCCACAGCGGGGAGAAGCCCUUCAAGUGCAACGAAUGCGGGAAGGCCUUCAGCUCCCACUCCUACCUCAUCGUGCACCAGCGGAUCCACACCGGGGAGAAGCCCUUCGACUGCAGCAGAUGCUGGAAGGCCUUCAGCUGCCACUCGUCCCUCAUUGUGCACCAGCGGAUCCACACCGGGGAGAAGCCCUACAAGUGCAGCGAGUGCGGCAAAGCCUUCAGCCAGAACCACUGUCUCAUUAAGCAUCAGAAAGUCCAUUCUGGGGAGAAGCCGUUGAAGUGUAACGAGUGUGGCGAAGUGUUCACCUGGAGUGCCCACCUCACCGAGCACCAGCGAGCGCACAGCGAGGAGAAGCCCUUCACCCUCCAGCUCAACAAGCACCUGCUGAGCACCUACUUCGUGCCUGGUGGCCUGCUGGGCGCAGGUGGCACGAGUGUGAGUGGUGGGGACCCCAUAGAUGCACUGGGUGCAGAGGGCACAGGUGUGAGUGGCAGGGACCCCAUAGAUGCACUGGAUGUGGCAAAGCUCCUGUGUGUGGUUCAGCCCUCGGUCAGCAGGAAUUUCCCCCUGGGCAGCAAACCUGGAAAUUGACCUGGUACGCUUGUCAUCAUCAUGGUAGCCAGCCUUGUCCCCACCCAGGGUGAGCAGGGAAAGCACAGGGGCUCACAUGUGCGGGCCGCCCGUCCCUCUGGAUGCUUGCAACUUGCCCUCCAGCCCGCGUGCAGAUCUCCCUCCUGCUGGGACACCUCUUCUGGAGGUCGUCACCCCCCGGGAAGGGCGACACUGGAAGCCAGGAGAGUUGAGGGCCAUUUGAGGAUGUCCUGUUGUCCUAUUUUCCUUGAUGGGGUCGGAAGUCACUGACAAGGCCAUAGAUCUUUCCUGCGGAUACAAAGAAGCUAUGUCAAUUGUUGUGGCCUCAGAUAGGCUCCUGGCGUGAUUUCAAUCAGGAAUUCCUCUGUAAACUGUAAUGUUUAGAAUAAUAAUAAAAAAUACCCCAGAAGAAUUAUGAACAGUAUUACUUCCAAGUGAACGUUACUCUGUUCCAGGAGGGGAGAAUAAUCUUAGAUGGUGGGGGUUUGGGAAGAUGUGUCUAGAAGCGUGCCUUGACCCCAGGCCAGUGAGGCUGCCCUGUGGGGCCUCUCCAUACCCCACCGAGCUCAGCUCACAGCUCAGCUCCACGGGAGGAGCCGCUCCACGGAGACCCAGCCCCUGCUCUCUGCAGAGAUGGAAAGCCCUGUUCAGCCAUGAGUGGUGGUGUUUCCACACAGCUGGGAGCAAGUAUAAGCUGCUUCCUGAGUGACAGUACUUUACAUUUGUAUAGAUGCUAUAGUUUAUGAAGUGCUUUUAGUAUGCUUUUUAAAAUUAUGGAGACAAAAUACCACAUUUCAGAAAAUGUGGAUUUAAGGAAAGAAUAUGCCCUUAAUUCUUAAUAAAACUGCAUUUCGCACUUUGA